AGCCAAACUUUGCAUUUUUAGGUUUGUUUUGGUGAAAUACUUUUACAAAAACAUGUGUCAGUGUGACUGUAAUCCGCGAAGUUUGAAGUCGUUGUUUAUCGCGUUCCCUGAAAUCAUGGUGCAUUUAGGGUGCUUUGGAAAGCUCUGAAUUUCAAGCAACAUGUUAUUGUAAACUCACAAGACAUCGCAUCUUUGAAUACUACGUUUUUGUUUUUACGAAGGUAACAUUUACUACAAUUUACUAGCCUACGUCUUAACAAUAAUUUGUAAUUCGACAUUGUUUUGACAACUUUGGCUACAGUGGGUUUCAAACUCUCAGCCCAUGUUUUUUAGUUAGCAAAUAACUAGGCCUAAUUGAGGUGUGUUGAACUUGUUUUAUUCCCAGCAUAUGUACAACUAGCUUAACUUGAGUUUAGAGUGGGUAUUUAGCAAAAUCAACAGGAAAAGUUAAGAAGGAAAAUACUUUUAAUAGCUUUUUUUGGUCGCAGAAUCAGUACAAGAGUUUUCUUUCCCCCUGUUAGAUAGUUUCUAACUCACCUAUAUUAAUUCCUCUUGUUCUGGUUUGAGAGGGGAGUUUGUAUAGCAGCUGAUGGUUUAAAAUGUUUUUAAUUUGCACCAUUGUUACAUGCAAAAGUAAUUCAGGAUAACACACAAUUAUUAGCCAUCACAACACCUUAUCGUGAUGUGCUCCUUUCCAUAUUGAAAAAAGUCAAGUUGCAAUUGUGAGAACCACUAUGACAUCAACUGAAAAAGAAAAGUAAAUCUACUUACCUUUUUGUUAAUAGACACGUACACUUUUUUGUUUUGAAUUUUGACCUUAAAAAGAGGGGGAAAAAUACAUGUUUAUUUCAUUAAAAUGACAGCUAAUAGAUGCUAUGUGUCUGUGUGGUUUGUACCUUGUGGCACGGUAAACAGUCCAUGCCGGGGUAUUCCUCCAGGUCCCCUGUAUGGAUGUUAAAACAGGCUCCAUGCCACGGGCAGCGCACUUUGUUGCCUGAAAUAAAUCCUGACCGCACAAUGACAGUGUUAGGAAAGAAAGCAAUUAUUUAAGAAGAAUACAUAUACAACAUGUGUGAAAAGGCUGUAUUUUAAAAUGUACACUAUGGCUUUACAUAGAACUGUUGUGUCUGUCUAAAUGGCAACAUUCAGCUUCCACAGAUGAAAGCAUCCCAUCCUCAAAGAGUCAUGUGUGAAUCAAGGGACAAUAGUGAAAUACUAAAUCUAUGUGGAUGUGCAUCUUUACCUUUGCUGAGUGGAGCUCCGUAGUGUGUACACUGGUGACCAAUGGCACUGUAUCUGCCUUCACUGCGUGUCAACAGCACACUGUGGUUUCCCACUUCCACCUCCAUCAUCCUGAGGUAACACACACACACACACACAUACUUAGGGGACAUUUUCCUGCUGAAACGUCCUUCUAAUGAAUUUGAAUGCAGGAAUGCACUGUGGUAUUUGCACUUGUUUAUAUUAUAAAACCGUUUUUUAUAAUAUAAAUAUAUAUUUAUAUUAUAAAAAACCGUUUUCUCCUCCUUACUGUCCAUCCUUCAGGUCUGACUCUAGACACACCACCUCCGUCAGCUCCUCUGAUGAGUCCUCUGGAUCAGAGUCCGGAAGCUCUUCACGGGCUGCUAACACACACAUGCACACACAUUUCAAAGAAGUUAUAACCGACUACAGUUUUAAAUGUUGUUUUCCCUUGAUAAAGAUCAUUACUUUCAUUUCAGACACCCAGUGAUUAGACUGCUGUUAAAUUAAGUGAAAGAUGGAUAAACUGACUGUUAUUGAAAUAAAUAAAUAUUGAGACAGUUUACUCACAUGUUUUGUUCCCUGACAUAUCUCUGAUUCAGCGUUAACUCCACGAAGAAACACAAACCUCACAGUGAGUCAGAUGCUCUGUUCAGAGAUGGUUUUUCUUUUGCAACAGCCCAAUUAGUUUCCUGCACAUCAGCUCAAUGAUGGGAUAGUAGAAGUCCGUUUCCACGGCAACCGGUCCAUCCCCAACCCUCAUCCCUUGAUCCUGGGAGACAAAGUGUAAAAAGUGGACGUUUCUGUCGGGUUUGAUAGCCUAAGACGAGAAAAAAUCAAGCAAAAAGUAACUUUUGGGACUCCGGUGAAUGAACUGUCGGUGUGAUGUCAGUGGUCAUGUUCAGCCCUGUUGUUGUUGCAGAGAAAGGCGUCGCUGGUGCUUUGUGUUUCACAGCGGAAGCAAGCAGAAAGGCUGACGAGGCAGCCGACACUGAAUGGACCAGCAACAAAGCAUAACUUACAAAACCAGAGUGUGUUGCAGCUGAAAUAUGUCCUGAACACAUGAGGACCUGGGAUUUCAAGUGAACUAUAGACUCCAGGUUCUCGAUUAUGGAUCUAAAGUCAACACUUCUGGUAGUCGCAGGAUCUGUUUGUUCUUUCAAACUGCUGAACACCAUCCUAAGAUUCCUGCCAACACCGGAGCAGGCGCUGAACAAGUCGUGGAGGUGGAGGAACAUCAGCACCUCUCUAGCUCACAGCUCGCUGAGUGGAGCAUGGGCUGUUUUAUGCUUCUACCUUCAACCUCAGUUGUUGGAGGACCUGAUCUCCCGUCACUCCUUGCUCUCUCACAGUCUUGUAGCUGUGUCUACAGGUUAUUUUAUCCAUGACUUCUUGGAAGUGGCCUUGAAUCGGCCAUUUAAACAGUCCUGGGAGGUGCUCCUCCACCACUCAGCGGUGCUGUCCUGUUUCGGUUUGGCCCUGACGUCCCGCCUCUACGUGGGUUACUCUGUGGUGUCGUUGCUGAUUGAGAUCAACUCGGUCUUCCUUCACAUCCGACAGCUCCUCCUCCUGUCAGGACGGAGGAACAGGACGGACACUAACACCCCUCGCCCGUCUGUGACCUACAGCGUGACCAGCUGGCUCACCCUGGCAACGAUGUUUGUGUUUCGUGUCUGCACGGUGGGCUGGAUGACCCGCUGGCUGGUAGCUCACAGUGAACACAUGCCUCGCUUCGUCCUGACGAUGGGGGCCACGGGCCUGAGCCUCAUCUCCAUCAUGAACGUGGUGCUGCUGUACAGACUGAUCAGGGCCGACUUCAUCAGCAACACACACAACACCAGCGGGGACCUUUAGAGGGAGACAGUUCUCGGAUCCAAAAUAACUCCAUUAGCCCAGUUUUCCACCUCAUGACGGGCCUGACCACAGACUUAUUAUGUUCUUACUUAUAAUGUUCAUCAUUAUAGUAAAAAGUGAAGCAUAGCAUAUCAUGUCUUUUGUGGAAUUAGACAUACAAAAAUAAUCACACAAGAGCUGCUUUAAGCUCUAAUGUAGACUCAAAAACAAUUAUGCCUAAAAUGUUGACUUUUCAUCUAAUUUUAUUACAUAACUGCAGCAUUUCAUGUGAUGUUUUUCUACCAUGUUGAGUGUGGAUUCAAUAAACCACUAAAUAACUUGAAUAA